AUCCAUGACAAUUUGUAAUAACUUGUAGUCACCCAUAGUGAAUUAUAGUAAUCCGUACACAACUACAAUUGCUCUAAAACCCUAGAUCCGUCCUCUCAAACCCUAGCACCAACAACCCUUUGAAUCACAACACCGUCAGACACCCCGUAUAUAAACCUUAGUCAUUUUGCAAAUUCAAAGUUGUACACUUUUGAAUCCUAGCGCCGCCAGCAAACGGAGACCAGCCACUGUCCAACCGUCGUCGCCGCGUAUGCAACAAAGCCCAACCAGCCCUAGCUAGCGCCCAAAACGUGCAACGAGCAAACAAACAUUGUCGAAACACCUCACUAAUCCUUCCCUGGUGAGCCCUAACACCACGUGCCCAAGCAAUGAUGCGAUCGCCAGUCCAAGACGAGCCACGUCAGCAAUGCCGUCCCACAAGCGCUUCUGGAUAAGCCGCCACCGCCGAUUGCAGAUCCAUUGUUCUCCACUGCAAAACUCAAAGAACUCAGUUAAAAACUAAAAGGAUGUGUAUCAAUUUUUUUUAAACGAAGAAUUUAGUUAAAAUAUUUUUAUUUAGGGUUGUCCCAUAUUUAAUUAGAUUUAAUUUGAGGGGUCUCAUGCAUUUUACCACAAUAUUAUAUUUGAUUUAUUAUUUUUAGGAGUAUUAUUUAAAAAAAAAAAUUAAGAUAGCGAAAUAAUGUAUCUUAUUGGAACCGGUGCAAACGCAACCAUUUAAACCGCCAAACUGCACAAACUGCAGCGAAUAUAUAAACACCACCAAAAUCCCGUUCAUUCGAAAAUUCGACACCGUUUGAUUGAUGAUUCUUCUCCAAUUUCCAUGGACGAUCUUCCUCCGCCCAUCCUCCUCGAAAUCCUCCGCCGCCUCGCCGACUCCGCCGACGUGGCCCGCUGCCGAGUCUCCUCCAAAACCCUAAACUCGCUCGCGGCGGAGCUCCGAUCCGUCAACCUCCAUUGGUCCUACCUCCGCUACGCCAAGUCCCGAUCUCCUCCAACCACCAGGUCUCCUCCGAUCACCCCCUUCAAGGAGGUUUUCAGCAAACUGGUUUCCGAAUUGCGGAUUGUCGAGAGCGUGUCGAUCGGCGUCGAGAAGCCGCUGCGCUUCGCGGCGUACGAAGACAUCGAGGACGAAGACGACGAUCUGUUCCUGAGCGACGCUGGUUUCGUCAAGGCGUGGAUUCCGAGGGUUUGCGGGGAUUUGGUUUCGCUCUCGAUUUCGGAUUUUUGGGUUCAGUCUUGCUGGAGGCGAUCCGAUGUGCUCUCCCUCAUUUCUUCUUACUGUCUUAAACUCGUCGAGUUAGAAAUCAAGAAUGCAUGGCUAUCUGUUGACAGUCUAACUCCUAUGCCAAAUCUCACAACCUUAACGCUUGAAUUUAUAAGGUUGGAUGACGAAAACUUGGAAAAGGUGAAUGAAUGUUUCCCUUGUCUGCAAGUUCUGAAUUUGAUCGGUGUUGGAGGACUUAAAGAACCCAAAAUCCAUCUCGCCCACCUUAAAACAUGUCAUUGGACGUUAUCCAAUGCUCCGAUAUCUAUAUCUAUAAUCGCACCCAAUCUCAUCGAGCUCACACUAACAUGCGUGAAGCCGAAACUCCUAUUCAUCGAGGCUCCAUUACUCUCCCAAUUGAGUCUCUCUCUCGAAAAUGCCUCUAACUUCAAAGUGAAAGAAUUCUCCAGUUUAAGAAAACUCCAUCUCGAAUCUACAAGCCUCCGCAAUCUACUCGCUACAUUUCCAUUCGGCAAAACCGUAAAUAAUUUAACCGCUGUUUCGACGAGGUGGGAGGUUCCGGUUGGAGUUUGCAAGUCGAUUUUCGAGUUAUUGCUUUGUGCUUUUCCGAAUGUUAGCUCUCUUACUUUGACAGCUGGCGUUUGGUCGGAGUUCGAAGCGUAUCCUGGCUUGGGAGGAUUAGAAUUCAGGGUUCGGAUGGAGGGGUUGAAAGAGAUUACGGCGUACUUAACUGUAAACGAUAUCGAGGUUACUUUGGCAACCAUUGUCUCCUUAUUGGACAGUUGCAGUGGCGUUUCUGAUAUUUCGAUGUUCAUACACCGUGAUGUUGUUUCACAUGUCACGAAUAGUCUUAUUUCGAGAUGCGUGUAUCAUAUGGCGCAUCGAGCGAGUCUGAGAUGGAAAUGGGGAAUGUGGAAAGAGGGUACGAAAGAUGCUUGGAUUUCUGAUGGUAUAUGCCAACCUAGUUUUCAGAGCUUCCAAUUUGUUAACGAGUUUUAGCAUCAUGGAUUAUUUAUGAUUUGAUUCAGUUGUCUGAAAUUUACAGUUUGAGAAAUUGUAGUUAGUAUAGUGUAUUCUAUUUAUAGUUUCAUGAGGAAAUGGAGGUAAAUAUUGAAAAAUUGUAACAUGUACAUCAGUAGUAUAAUUAUGAGUAUGAAAUUGCAGAA